AUGGAGAGGAUAAAACUCACGUCAGAGGAAGGGGAAGCAAUCACUAUCCGACCAGUCCAUCGAGUUAGGACACUUGCAGAACAUUCACUUAGUGUUAUAGGAAAGUUUCUCACCCCUCGACCACUUAACCAAAGAGAAACAAAGGAUUUGUUGCGGUCGGUGUGGAAAAUGGGGAACGAUUUGAAGAUGGUGGACGUUGGAGAUGGCUUAAUCCAAUUUAAGUUUACCAUGGAAAGCCAAUUGAGAUGGGUUAUGAAUAAUGGAUCGUGGAGUUUUGACGAUCAGCUUCUGGUUUGGGGACUACCAUUUGACCUCAUAAAUGAAGAAGUAGGCCAAGAUAUUGGGAGUGGUCUAGGCCAUGUGGUGGAGGUGGAUUGUAAGGCCAUUGCAUCCGACCAAGCACUUUUCUUAAGGAUCCGUAUUGAAAUUUCAUUGACCAAACCUAUUCGUCAUGGGGCUCCUAUUAUCAGUUUGGAGGGAGACGAAGUUAGGGUCGCCUUUAAAUAUGAGCGACUCGUAAGACUGUGCUACAACUGUGGCAUGUUGGGCCACGAGGUAUAG